CGACUCAUCUUUCUGAAAAGUGAAACGGCACGCAGUUUAUUAUAGGCAAUUCGCCAAUACCAUGUUCGGUCGGGAACCGGUCUGAGUUCUGACUCACUCUGCCGAGUUACGAAGUUCAAUUUCCUGAACCCUGGCACAGAAAGCUUUUGUUUCAUAUCGUUGAAACUCUCUAAAGUCUGAGAACAGAACAGACUCACAGAGAUUUAGAGAGAGAGAGUCCCAGCGCAGUGAUGUCUCUGUCGAGUUCGAAUUUGUUCAAGGGUCCGGUACUGCCAGUAUCGGAUACCCCGAGGGACGAAGAGAAAGAGAGGCUCAUUAAAGGAGACGAGAAGCUCUUUAGAGGAUCUCUUUACUGGAUAUACACGUGCAUUAACUUUGGAUUUAUUCUUUUGGCCUCACAAUUUGAGUGCAUAGGGAAGUAUUUUGCUAAGAGGCGAUGCGAUCUUUCUCACAAAGUUCUAAAUUAUAUUGAUUUUCUCCCCCUGCAGAUGAUUUGUUCAUGCUCCUUUCUCUACAUAUUGAGACGCUGGAAGAUUAUAUCUUUCACAGCUAGUGAAUCAGUGGUUACUUCUGAUAACACUGCUGCCUUUGUGCCAUUAGAGACAUUAGUUCACACCCUUCCUCUUGCAGUAGCUUACUUGCUAUACAUGCUAGCCUCUAUGGAGUCUGUUCGUGGGGUAAAUGUUCCCAUGUACACCACCCUUAGACGGACUACGGUAGCAUUUACAAUGGUUAUGGAGUAUAUGCUAACAGGGCAGAGGUAUACAUCAUCUAUUGUUGGAAGUGUUGGUUUGAUCGUUCUUGGUGCAUUUAUUGCUGGAGCUCGGGAUUUCUCAUUUGACUUCUACGGCUAUGCUUUUGUUUUCCUAGCUAAUGUUGCCACAGCAGUAUAUCUUGCAGCCAUUGCCCGAAUUGGGAAAUCUAGUGGCCUUAAUAGUUUUGGCCUUAUGUGGUGCAACGGCAUUAUAUGUGGACCAAUUUUGCUGCUCUGGACAUUGUUGCAUGGUGACUUUGUCAAGACAAUAUAUUUCCCUCAUAUCCUCUCGCCUGGUUUCUUGAUUGUGUUGCUUCUUUCCUGUAUACUGGCUUUCUUCUUAAACUACAGUGUUUUCCUGAACACGACUCUAAAUUCAGCCCUCACGCAAACAAUUUGUGGUAACCUGAAGGAUCUAUUUACCAUUGGAUUCGGCUGGAUCCUUUUUGGUGGACUUCCAUUUGAUGUUCUGAAUGUUAUUGGACAACUGAUCGGUUUUCUUGGCUCUGGUGUAUACGCCUAUUGUAAGGUCAUGGGUUACUAACUGCGCAAGCUCACCAACUAAUUGUAUAAAACUUGAAUCUUUACUUUCUUCUUCGAUUUGAUUUGGUUUUCUUGACCGGAGUAUGGUAAAUGUCGGAAAAAGAAGCCACUAGUCGAAAAUUCAAUAGGGACUCUAACUAUGUUGGAGAUCCAUAAAUUGCAGCAAACAGAUGCUAAUAUGUUUGCACUUAAUUGGAGAAGAAUUUGCUAUUGAUCUC